GCUUCUGGAGUAACAGUGAAUGAUGAAGUCAUAAAGGUUUUUAAUGAUAUGAAAGUAAGAAAAUCUUCAACCCCAGAAGAGAUUAAAAAGAGAAAGAAAGCCGUUCUCUUCUGCUUAAGUGAUGACAAAAAGCAAAUAAUUGUAGAGGAGGCAAAGCAGAUACUGGUCGGUGACAUUGGAGAUACUGUGGAGGACCCCUAUACAGCCUUUGUGAAGUUGCUACCGUUGAAUGAUUGCCGAUACGCUUUGUACGAUGCCACAUAUGAGACAAAGGAAUCUAAGAAAGAAGACCUGGUAUUUAUAUUCUGGGCUCCUGAAAGUGCACCUUUAAAAAGCAAGAUGAUCUACGCAAGCUCUAAAGAUGCCAUUAAGAAGAAAUUUACAGGUAUUAAACAUGAGUGGCAAGUAAAUGGUUUGGAUGAUAUUAAGGACCGUUCAACACUCGGAGAGAAAUUGGGAGGCAACGUGGUAGUUUCACUUGAAGGAAAACCCUUAUAAAAAGACAGACAAGUGCCAUCUGGAUCUAAGGAGCUUCCAUUUCUGCAGCUCGUUCAAUUGGAAUAGUAUUAGUCUCCCUUUCUCCUUCCCUCCUCAAAAAUAAGUCCCUUCCCUUCUGCCCCUGAAGGAGAUGUCAUUGUUAAGCAGUCUACCAGUGAUUGCCAUUAGACUGUUUAAUCCUGGUAGUUUUAUGUAGGAUCCAAGGAAUGCUUUCACGUCAUACUCUUAGCCAAAACUGACGCUGCAUGCAUUCCUUGCUCACGUACAAUGAAUGUGAUAGUUAAUGUGAAUAGUCUAGCAGACAGCAAAGGGUAAGCUAAUUGAAUGCCUUGAAAGUAUUGUCCACUGGUGGGAUGGUAGACUCUAUACAGUAUUACUUACAGUUGCACUUGAUUGCAGUUCCAUGAGGCUCUUGUGCAUUCAUACACCUCACCUGCCUUGACAAGCCUAUUUUUGUGACAUGGCAGCACACAACACUAUGCAUUUAAAGCACUUUUUUGUAAUAUGUUUGACCCGCCCCUCCCCCCCAAAGGAAUGCCAAUUAAGUUGCUGUAACUGUGUCAUCAAAUUCUUGUAGUACCUCAGUUUCAUUCCUGUUACAUGCAUAUCUUUAUAAAUGAAGUAGCUGUUACGAUGCCUUUUGUUUUCCAUUGAAUGUACACUACUGAACAGGAGUAGAAGUUUAUCUGUUUACCAUGUGAGUCUUGAAACACUAAAGUUUUGUAAAACAUCGGUCAUGAUGGCAAUUUCUGUAUUAAAAAGAGCCUUAAAUGGAACACUGUUUUUGAGAUCAAAAACUGGCCACGCUGCAAUAAAACUUGUGGCUUAUUACAGAAUGUUGCCUUGUUUUCAUUGGAAAAUAUAGUUUUUAAGUAUGUUUAAUUUAAGCAUAUUUCAAAUAACUUCUGUGGAAAGUAUUGUAAAGAUAAACAAUCAUUAAUCUCAUCGUAAAUAGUGCAAGUUUUUCAUUCCUAAUCAUGAUUUAGGCACUGCUUUACAAUACUUCGUGGCUCUAUUCUGAUCAUUUGAUAAAGGACCUAUUCCUAGUUUACCGUAAAAGCAGCUACCACUGCUAGAGACCAUUAGCUUCCAUGAGACACUUGUGUCCGAAACUUACAAGUACUGAGGAAUUAACCGUGCAGUGUGUUUUGUACCUGAAUGCUCUUAAAGUUCUACAUGUCAGAGCAAAACCUUACGUGAAAUCUUGCAGCUCUCUGUUUCGAUAAGAUGAUAUGUAAUGACACUUGUAUGUAAUGCAGAAUACGGGUCGGUGAAGAGUUUUUGCUUCUUGAGCGUUACAGUUAGCACUGACUUGGUACAAGAAAUAUCCUAGAUGAACUGUUCUGCUUGUUAACUUCUAUGUAAAUAGAACUGGAAAGUGUUUGCCACUACUGAGGCUUGCACUGGGGACAUGUUUUGGCCGAGAGCCAAAUAAUGCUCUCCUUAUAGAGAAUUUGAUCUGCUCUGUGUGAGCAAUCCUCCGUUAGCCAGAGCUAUUUAUGGCAAACACAUGCUUUUGUAUCUUGUCAUCGUUAUCCACAAAUGGCAAAACUGGACAUGAUUCUGCUGGUAUGCGUAAAGGCACUCUGUUAGGCAGCCAGUCACAGCUGAAAUGUACGUGCUGCCAGAAGGAAUGCUCUUUAUCAUUACCUUAUUUUAAAAAGUUGGUGGAGUAGAACUGAGGAUUCUUAAAUAUUGGCCCUUCACUCUCAGUUUGUAGCCCCCUUUUUUCAACAAUGAAGCAGAUAAUCAUCUUUUUCUUUUUCUUUUUUUUUUAAAGUUUAAAUAAAUUAGAGAUACUGUGUUUAGGCUUUCUUGUCCUGUAGAACUUUAAGACUUUAUUUCAGGCUUUGGACUGUCCUUACGACUUGCACGCCUCAUUGUGUUGGCUGUUCUCCGUAGGCUAAACUUGACUAGAAUUUAACUAAAAAAGCAUGACGACCACUGACUUACUAAGUGUAUCAAUGAGUCUUGGUUUUGUUCUAUGAAACUCUCCUUUCAGGUAUCUUUUAAGGCUGAGAAGUAACUGAUGGUAUGCAUGUUGUCUAUAUAAAAAGCAACACCUUUUUAUUCCUCUUUAUUUCUGAUUGCUCACGUUGCGUGGAAAGCCCAGUUUAAUGUAAAAAUCUACUUUGUUCUUUAUGUUUGACUUGAGUUCAGUAUAAUGAAAUAAUCAUUUUAACUGAUUUUCACAAGGUAUAAAUGGUUUCUUUAGAAAAAAGCCAAAACUGAAAAUGUUAAAUUUUAAUAAACAAUUUGAAUCUUAUUUUAGACAGUAAAGUUUUUUUUUUUAAAGCAGUACUGUGUUUAAAUUUAAUGUUUGUCUCUGCUGCAAACAGUCUGGAAAGAUGUCUGUGGCUUCUGAACUGAUUUUUUUUUUCUUUUUUUAAACUAGCUUAUAUGUGUAUGCACUCAGUCCAAGUAGAUAUAAAAUUGAAGCACAAACUAUAUUUAUAUAAGAUCCGAAGCUACCAAACCAAGUUUUGGAUCAGAAAGGAUCAGCCUGCCUUCAGUUAGUUCUUGAAAUGACUGAUGGAUGCGAGGUCCAAUUCACGUGGCUUGCUUUUUUUAAAAAAGAAACAAACAAUAAAGUGCUACAGAACUGUUACUGCUUGAAUUAUAAAACAGAUGAGAGACAGCUGGCAUCUGUUCCAAAAUGGUUUGUCAGCUGUUGUUUUCUGUCAUUAUGCAAAAUGGUGAGGGCCUCAUUGUGAUCGAGGACUGGAGGAAAAUCCUCUCAAGUUGAAUAUCUUCUGCGUAUCUCAAUGUAGACAUGACUUUUGGGUAUCUUGGCUUCGGUUACUUUAUUGAUAAACGUUAAAUGAAAUUUUCAUGAGAGUAGCAUGUGCAGAAAUGGCAUUUUUCUUCUAAGAAAUAGUCCAAAACCAGCGGUUGUUUUGUUUGAUUUGGUAAAUCCUGGAAAAGGUAUAGACAUACAGGCCUGAUUUCUCUGACAAGGGAAAUCAAGCCCACGACUGGGGUGAGUUAGUGAGGUUUAUGGUUGUGGCAAUUUUGGAAAUGCAAAGUUUAAAUUUAUAAGGACUUAAGCGUAAGAAUCAUUCCCGGUCAGAUCCUUAAGCAGGCUUUGAGUAUGGUCCGUUAAAACCCACAGAGUCCAUUUAUACAAGCAGAAGAGUCUCUCUCUGCUGUGUAAUCGCCUCAGAACCCACAGCGGAAUACAGCAGCAAUCAAAUUGCCACAAGCUGAUAGUAAGCUUUACUCUCUUAUGCCAAUUCCAGAAUAAACCAAAUUUUCAUGUCUGCCUCUUUUCAUAAACUUGUAAGUUCCCCUUAGUUUGUGGUGGAGAGUUAAUGAUUGUAGAGUGAAAACAUGGCACUAAUGAUGGAUGAAGGAUCAUCAAUGUAGCACCUGUCUUUAAGUAUUGAAUUUCUUCAAAAUAUUUCUGAUUUUGAAAACCUGGUAUAAAUAAAAUUAAUUUAAAUGUC